AUGUUGGCGGCUCGUACUCUGGGAUUUGCCCGGGUUUCCGCGCGGGCUGCCUCGUUCCAGGCCGUCCCGACGAAUGCUGGCCGGACACCGCCAAAGCUCGAGGACUUCGAUCCAUUGAACCCUGGGGAGUGGCAACUUGGCGCUGGCGGCAAGAUCCUUCCGCGUCUACCUGAAGGAACCCGAUGCGGCAACUUGGUGAUGGGAAAGUAUGGUCUCUAUGACCCCGUGCUGAAGAAGCGCGUCGAUACCUACGCCAAAGCCCUCCUCGAUGGUGCCAAGUCUGAGGAUGCUGGACCAUUCGACCGCGGAUUGACCAAGGCCGUGAAGAUUCUUUCCGCCGCUUGCCUCGCUAUUGGUGUUUACAAUAUUGCAACCCUCGUCAACGGCAAGCCCCUCCCUCCAUUCACCAACCUGAAGGCACCUGGAUCGAAC